AUGGCCAUCUUCAGAGCCUAUGCGUCGAGCAGUGAAGACGAAGACGACAUCGAGUUUGUGGCGAGUGCCUCCGGACACUCCAGCGACGACGACCGCCGCGUGGAGAGCGAAAUAGACGCAGGACACAGUCAAUCCGAGGAGGAAUCUGAAGAGGAAGAAGAGGAAGUCCAUCAGACGGAUGCUAGUCAGGCCUCCGAAAGUGGGCCAGAUGGAGAGGAGCCCGCCGCUAAUAUCAAUCUACGUCCAAAAUCGUCAGUACAAUUUGAUCCCGCCGUCAAGUCCCCGUCCAGGCGGAGAAGCGUCGCGAAUGACACGACUAUUAUUCCUCGGGCGAGAGAGCUUGGUGUAGACUCGCAGAAAGUGCACGUCAUGCAAACGGCUCUGUUUCGCGUUCCCGAAGAGGAGGCUGCACUCAGAACAGUAGGCCAGCCAACGGCCGAGGACCGUCGGAGAUCGCGCCUGCUUUUGGGGCUGAGUCGCAAGCAUAGUAGGGACUCCGAUGGAGAAGGGUUGCGUGCAGACCCGGGUCAGCGAGUUUCGUUUGGGCAGGAUAUCGAACCUAUCCCUGUCAGGCCGUCUAGGAAAUACGCUCGCGUGGAGAGCUCGGCCUCUGCGGUUACCGGCAACGAAGGCUUAUUCGCAGAUGCUGGCCUUGCACUCGGACGCUCAUUCCGAGUUGGUUGGGGACCCGGCGGGAAAUUAAUCCAUCUUGGCGCUCUAUGUGGCCCAUAUACUUCAAAGACGACAACAGCGAACAGUUCUAUUGUUCAUAAGUCGGUCAUGCCACUUGUGGCCAUUGCGACUGACGAUGCGUCAACACGAGCCUCAAACCUGCUGUCGCACCAUCUCAAGAAUACACCAAUCGAAAAAGACGCAGACGGUGUACCAUUCGCGGAUCCUUCGCGCCAUCUGUCGUUCAAGUCAUGCGUGGCACAAUUCCCGGCCACAGAUCGGUCCUUCGAGACAAGCCUCUUCCGCCUGGGACAUGCGCUUUUUGACCCUAUCGAUCUCCGUCUAGCAGACUCUGUCAGCCCGGAUGUACGCAACUGCGUCCUUUCACUACGGCGUAAGGCGGCCCUCUCGCGGUGGCUACAAGAAGCAAUCGCAACCUCGGUUGAUGCGGAGUUGCGCGACAACCCUGGAGCAGACUGGACUACCACGGUGUUUACACUGCUAACUGGCAACCAGGUAGAGAAGGCAUGCGAAGUGGCGAUGGAUAGCGGCAGCGUCAAGCUAGCGUCGCUAAUAGCGCAAUACCCUGGCGAUGAUGAGUUCAGAGGAGAUCUGCGGACACAAUUAGCGCUGUGGCGCGAGCAGCGUAUCGACGCACACAUUGACGAGCCCACGCGAAAAAUCUACGCCCUUCUUGCUGGCAUUGUGGACACAUUAGAGGGCUCUAAAGGCAAGGGCCGUGAACACUGUCCUGAUGUCAAAAUCGCACAGGACCUCAGCUGGAAGAGGGCCUUCGGACUGCAUCUGUGGUUCUGCGAGCCUCUGGAAUCUACAAUAGCCGAAGUGUUCGAAUCAUACAACGGCCAAUGGACAGAUGACUCGUCAGGUGUUUCUCCUCCCAUUCCCUGGUACAGAGAGAAGCCUCGCGCUGAGUCUGAGAAACCACCAUGGACCCUGCCGACCUCUGCCGAACCACCAGACGCGCUCUAUUCCCUUAUCCAGCUCUACGCCGACCCCGCCUGCUCCCUCUCCACGAUUUUGAAAUGCCUUUCCUUCAGCGAAUCACCCGUCGAUUACCGCCUGCCGUGGCAUCUGUACAUCAUUCUUUCCCGGUGUUUGGGUGUGCGUGAUUUCCCUGACCGAGAGACCCCUUCCGUGAAGGGAGAUGCUGCCGCCGAGAUGAGUCCCGGAGCUGAAGGGCAUAGCCCCAGUGCCGACUUGUUGGCCAACAGCUAUGCGCUGCAGUUGGAGCAGGCAGGUUUGAUACAAGAGGCGGCCUUCGUGCUUCUACAUAUCGAGGGAUCUGCAGGGAGAGUGAAGGCGAUCAGGGAGCUUCUAUGCCGUUCUGCACCUCAACUUGAUGACUGGAUGACCAGUGGGCUUGUUGGCAGUCUGAAAUUACCCAUGGCUUGGGUCAACGAAGCAAAGGUGAUCGUCGACUUUAUCUUCUCGACCAACGGUUCUGAUACGUGUUUCUUGCAGGCGAUAUAUGCCUUAGACCGCGGCAAAAUCUUCGAUGCCUACGAAUUGUAUAUCAUGGCAGGGCUGCACAGCGCCGCCCACGAUCUCGCGGUGCUCGAAUUAGCUCCUGAUGCCGUGAUGCGCAAAGACGUAGAAUUACUCAAAGAACUCUUGGGCAGAUUCAAGGUGCACCCUGUUGAUGGGUGGCACACACGCGGGAAGGUCUUGAUGGAUUACGCCCACGCCGUGACGCGUCUACAAGAGCUAUACCAGCGCACAGAAGAGAGCGGUGUUUCGGAUGACGAGGCGGUGGAGCUGGAGCACCUGGGGCGGAGUGUACCCAAACUCAUCGCGAUGCUGCCGGAUGUACUCCGCGAUCGCUCAGACGCCCGCCAUAACGCUGCGGUAACAGAAAUGACUACCCAAUUGACCAAACAUCUCGAUCGGGUGAAGCCGCUUGCUAUUGCCACCGCCUAUGAAAGGUUCCUGCUAGCCGUAGAAGUCGCAGUCGCUUAA